AUGGUCCCCAAUGAAGCCCUUCAAUACCAAGGAAUUGUCCAACUGCUUCAACAUUUUGGGUGGAAAUGGGUCGGGCUCAUUACUCUGGAUGAUGAAGGGGGAGAACACUUCUUGCGGACCAUGAAGCUAAUGCUUUCCCAGAAUGGCAUCUGUUCAGAGUUCACAGAAAGAUUCGAAGCAUACUGGCAGUUCUUUGACUGGGUUGAGACUUUCAAUGGUAUACUGAGUCAUCUUCCAAUUUUCUUGGAGAAGAAAGCCACUGUAUUUAUUAUUUAUGGAGAAAGUUUAUCCAUUGUGUGGCUGGCUAAUGUUAUAUUGAUUACAACUAUUUUUCCUGUCACACAUCAUGAGUAUAGCGCAACUAUCGCUGAAGGGAAAGUGUGGAUUACAACAGCCCAAAUAGAUUUCAUUUUACACUACAUUCACAAGCCUGUUAAUAUGCAAAUGUUCCAUGGCGCUAUUUCCUUCACUAUUCAUUCAAAAGAGCCUCCAGGUUUCCAAGAAUUUCUUCACAUUAUCAACCCCUCUGGAGCAAAAGCAGAUGGUUUUAUCACAGAAUUCUGGGAGCAAGCUUUUGGGUGCCCUAUCACAAAUUCUGAUGCACCAAGUGACAACACUGAAUCAUGUACUGGGCAGGAAUCGCUGCAGAGCCUAACUUCACCUUUCUUUGAAAUGAACAUGACUGGCCACAGUUACGGUAUCUACAAUGCUGUCUAUGUUGUUGCUCAUACUUUAUACAGCACUUAUAUUUCUCCAUUCAACCACAGAACAAUGGCAGAAAUGAGAGGGCUGGCACCUCAACAUUUGCAACCCUGGCAGUUCUACUCUUUGAUUCAAAGGAUCUCAUUCAACAACACCGCUGGAGAGGAAAUUAUGUUUAAUGACUGUGGAGAGUUAGCAGGUGGAUUUGAUGUUACCAACUUGAUCACUUUCCCAAAUAACUCCUAUACCAGGGUCAAAGUGGGAAGGCUGGAUCCUCACGCUCCUCCAGGGGAAGAAUUGACCAUAGCUGAGGACAAAAUCAACUGGCAGAGAACCUUGACUCCGCUGCCACCUCUUUCCCUCUGUAAUGACCCCUGCAAUCCAGGUUACAGCAAGAAAAAGAAGGAGGGGGACGAAUUUUGCUGCUAUGAAUGUACUCCAUGUCCAGAUGGGAUGUUCUCAAACCAGAAGGACAUGGAAACUUGUGUCAAUUGUCCAGAAGAUCACUAUCCAAACAAGUUCCAGGGCGAAUGCAUUCCUAAGAUUCUGAAUUUCCUAGCUUUUGAAGAAACAUUAGCCAUCAUUUCCAUUUCUUCAGGACUUCUAUUGUCUCUGAUCACAGCGCUGGUGCUUGGCAUCUUCAUUAGGCAACGGGACACUGCCAUGGUCAAAGCAAACAAUCGAAGCCUCACCUACAUUCUCCUCAUCUCCCUCCUCUUGUGUUUCUUCUGUUCCUUCCAGUUCCUCGGAAAGCCUAAGAAGGUCACCUGCCUACUUCGACAAACUGCUUUUGGUAUCGUCUUCUCUGUGUCCCUCUCCACCAUCUUGGCAAAAACCGUAUCAGUGGUUUUGGCAUUCAUGGCUACCAAACCAGGAUCCCAGAUGAGGAAGUGGGUGGGAAAAGGAUUGGGGUACUCCAUUGUCCUCUCCUGCUCCAAUAUUCAAGCAUGCAUUUGUGCUCUGUGGCUGGCAAUGUCUCCUCCAUUCCCAGAUGUUGACAUGACCUCAAUGUUGGAAGAAAUUGUACUGCUAUGUAAUGAAGGUUCUGUCCUCAUGUUCUGUUGUGUUCUGGGUUACAUGGGUCUGCUGGCCAUUGUCAGCUUCACUGUGGCCUUCCUGGCCAGGAAAUUGCCUGACAGUUUUAAUGAAGCCAAAUUCAUCACCUUCAGCAUGCUGGUCUUUUGCAGUGUGUGGGUGUCCUUUGUUCCAACCUACCUCAGCACACAAGGAAAGCACAUGGUGGUUGUGGAGAUCUUCUCCAUCUUGGCCUCCAGCACUGGGUUACUCAGCUGCAUCUUUUUCCCCAAAUGCUACAUUAUUCUGGUGAGACCUGAGUUGAACACCAGACAGCAGCUAAUGCGAAGAAAGAUGUAA